CUAUGUAGUGGAAACACACCCUACCGGGCUGCAUCACUUGCGGUUGCUAGGAUACACUUCGCCCGGGAAACUGCUUAUCUUCAAAUCAUCAGUAGCACAAAAUUAAUAACAACUUCAUAUUGCCACCCUGCCCCCGAUGCUACCUGUCCAGCGAAAACAGGCACUGCACCCAGAAAUGUGGCCUGUAGUACGUCCUGAAAUACCCAACACAAUACCAGGAGAAUCUGAUCUCCAGAAUGAGCCUCGAAGUAUAUCCAGUGUUGAAGCACAGGUGGCACUGCAGCAGGCCCAAAAAGAAGUUGGAGCCCGUAUGAAAAUGGCAGUGUUGUUCCAGCAAAACAGGGCUCAGCAAAAUAAAUACGGUGUCACCAUAACCUCAGAUCCUGCAUCAACAGAAGAGAGAAUCAAACUGACUGUGUAUGAAAACAAGAAAAUUGUGCCACUGACUGUAAAGAACUCUGGUGUCACAACGGUUUAUUUAACCUUUUGGGCUUCUGACCUUGUAAAGAAUAUCUUCACUUUGAGAGACUGUCAAGGAAAUGUCAUCAAGUCUAUCAAACAACACCCUGUUAGACCAGGAGAGGAAUUUAAAAUCAGCGUUCAUUUCUACUCACAGCAUGCCGGCUUCUUUGAACAGUUACUGGUCUUUAAGUUUGAAACAGGCCAGCAGGCCUCUCAUGAAUUUGAAAUCAUGCGCCUCUUGGAAGUCACACACUGGACAUCUUCACGUGAAGAGCUCUUCCCCACAAACUCAUGCGACGGCCAGACUAAGGAGUGUACCUCUCCUGAAACGCACAGAGGUAUAUCAGCGAUGUUUGGUAGGCCUGUGGUGGCUCUGAAGGGUUAUGCGAUGCCGGACUACAUUAAAAACAUCACAGACUAUGACCCGGCUCUCCAGAGACCUCUGGAGUGGAGCAAUUAUGCCGAGAGGUUCCACUUGCUGCUGCAUCUCGAGGAGCUCCAGAUGAAGAAAGAGAUUGAAAUAUAUAAUGAGCUCGAUGUGCCCAUUUUCAGACACAAGCGCAGCAAAGAUCAAUUCAUCCUGCAGAUGCCAGGUGUCUCAAGAGACUUAAAGAAGCUCUCCAGGACACUAGCACGAGUGAGUCGUGUUGACCAGUCAGUUGUUGGAAAGAAGAUUUACAUAGGCUGGGUCCAACAUGUGGUUGCGCAGAAGGUCUAUGUGCAGUUUGAUGAAAUGUUUCAGAGUGAUUUCAAGGACAACUUGCGGUUCAGUGUUGACUUCGCUCUUGACCGUUUACCCCUGCGUGUCCAGCAUAGAGCAGUGGCAACUGUGAAACCACGCAACCUGGUGGAGGUGCUGUUCCCUACUGGAAAAAAAUCUUCCCACAGUCUACAUCUACCCAGACUGUUAGACUUUGAGAGCAACCCAGAGCAGCGCAAGGCCAUUAAACACAUUAUAGCUGGUACAGCAAGGCCUGCCCCUUAUCUGGUAUUUGGUCCACCUGGCACAGGCAAAACAGUGACUUUGGUGGGAGCCAUCAAUCAAAUACUGGAAACUCAGAAAUCAUGCAAAAUCCUGGCUUGCGCUCCUUCCAACAGUGCCAUCGAUCAUCUCUGUGAGAAGAUUGCAGAAGGCAACGCGGACAAGCACCUGCUUUAUCGCUUGUAUGCUGCCACCUUUCCUGUGGAAAACGUUCCCUACAUUAGAAAGUUUCACUGCAACCUGGUCGGUGAUGCCGUUAGGAUUCCCACUAAACGGGAGCUCAUGCGGUAUAAAAUCAUCUUCACGACCCUGCAAACUGCCGGAAGGCUUAUAGCAGCAGGGAUUCCUGUUUGGCAUUUCUCAUACAUAUUUGUGGAUGAGGCAGGCCAGACUACAGAAACAGAGUGUCUUAUCCCUAUAUCAGGUUUAAUGGACCCAGGUAAAUGCCAGGUGGUGCUGGCUGGAGACCCUAAACAGUUGGGCCCAGUCAUCACAUCCAAAAUGGCAGAGGACAAUGGCUUCGGUCUGUCCAUGUUGGAGCGUCUGAUGAGGGACAUUGACCUUUACAAGUCAGACGACACACACGGGUUUAACAACCACUUUAUCACCAAAUUACUGAGGAACUACAGAUCCCAUCCUGCGAUCUUGAAAAUUCCCAACAGGCUCUUUUAUGAUGGAGAACUUAAAGCCUUUGCUCAUGAAGAGAAAUGCAUAUCAUACUGCAAAUGGGAACGACUGCCAAAGAAAGGGUUCCCUUUGAUCUUCCAUGGAGUGGCAGGAACUGAUGAACGUGAAGCCAACUGUCCUUCUGCAUACAACAUGGCAGAGGUGGAGGUGUUGAAGGAAUACUUAAAAGCCGUUAUUACCCAUCUUCACAAAAACAGUGUGACCAAAGUUGGACCAAAAGAGAUAGGCAUCAUUACCCCAUACAGUAAACAAGUGGAGAAAAUCCAGAACGCCAUCCAGAUGGACAAAGAUCUCAAGGAGGAAAAUUUGGAAAACAUAAUGGUUGGCUCAGUGGAGCAGUUUCAGGGUAAAGAGUUCAACGUGGUUAUUUUGUCUACAGUGCGCAGUUUUCCCAAGCUGACUUCCCACAAACAAUGCACCCUGGGCUUUAUUGAUAAUGAGAAGAGGUUCAACGUGGCCUUGACCAGAGCACGAGCCUUACUGAUUGUGGUUGGAGACCCAAGAAUUUUGAAAACUACCAAGAUAUGGAACAAAUUCAUCCAUUACUGCUACAAAGAAGGGGGUUACCGAGGCAUUUCUGUUUAUGAUGCCGAAGAAGAGGAAGACAUUGACUCGUGUACACUCAAGGAACCUCUGAAUUGUCAGAAAACAAGGGGGCCUUACUGAGGUGAUGAGAAGGAGCUUUGGAUGGGGGGAUAAAAGGACUGAGGUGAGAGAAUCGUCUCCCUUUCAAAAGAUUCAAAAUCACCUAUAGCUUUAUUUACCACUGUUUUAGAACAUCCAGCGCCAUUAAUGUCAAUUAACUAAGCACGUAGAGCUAAAUCGUACAUUUAUUUUUCACUACAUUACCAUGAUGGGUCACCUACAAGAAACGUGACAGUUUCAGGUAUCAUUAACAAUUGUUAAUCUGUUUUAAGUGCACCUGCAGAUCAUUAGCUUAUCAACUUCUGCUGUUUAAUCCUGGCCUCUUUUCCACUCCUGUGCCAGAUUGUUCCAUCCCGUAUGGUGAUUAUGUCGUGCUGCUUGCUGUUGAAUUCAGCUAUCUUCUGUGUAUUUUUUAGUGUUGAGAU